CAUAUAAGGGAAAGUGAAACUGGUGACGUCACAUCCUGACUUAGUUCCGGGUUUGGCAAAACCCAAAAUGUAGAGCUCGAAACUCGUUGUUUCGUCUUUUAUCUCUGCCAAGUCCAAUGUCAGGGGCUAGUCCAUCCCCGUUUUCAGCUCUCAACAUUACGAUGACAUGACAGUUACUGUACACCAACUACAAUGAGUGGCACGAAAACAGGAACAGGUCAAAGGUCAGCCCUGCGGCAAGGGUACACAGCAUUUCCAUUGUGCUGGUGUCUCCUUGUACUGCUGUCCACAACUACAGUGUUAGGGGAAGACACAAAGGAAACAUUUAGUAUCACCGUAUUUGAAGGAGAAAAUGUCAGACUGGGGGAGUUUCCAUACAACUGUACAGCACCUCCCCCGGACAGUGUCAUCUGGUCGUUCAAAAGACCUGACGAGGAAUCUUACACACCACAGUCGUGUCCGCAGGAAUGUGGCAAUGGUUGUACGAUGCGUAAUCACAUCAUUGAUCUUCCCGCGGUCAGUCGAACGUGCCGCGGUUCCUAUCAGUAUGUCACGGGUAGGGACGAUGAUGGCGUUCGUUGGACGUGUACCUACGACUUAGACGUACAAUACUUGCCAGGAGAAGUGUACAUCAGUAACCGCACCCCGGCUGUGUUUGAAAAUGACAGUGUGGCCAUGAUGUGUCAAACUGAUGACUUAGGGAACCCACCAGCGACUUUCACCAGUCCAGACUUCCCAGCCUCAAGUUCUGAGUCGACCAGCCUGACUAACCUGUCUGCGAGCAGGAAUGACAACGGGAGAAACUUCAUCUGUACUCUUUACUAUGAAGGUCAACGCCAAAAUGGAGAUAAAGUCAUUGAAAAAUACGAGGACACUGCCAGUCUUACUGUAUACUAUCUUCCAACAGAAGUCACCAUACAGGGUCUUAACAACAACACAACUCUAAAAGAAGGGGAGGAGGUUAUCUUAAACUGCACCUUCCACGGCUUCUAUCCACGACCCAACAUCACCUGGUGGAAGGAUGGUGAAAAACUCACAGAAACUUCUGAGACCUUGGUGUUGACGUCCUUAAAUGACAAAGGAGCGUAUGUGUGUGAGACAACUCUGAACAUUCUCAACCAGGUUAGAUGGAAGAGAAGCACAGCAGUGUAUGUCAAUGUCUCUACUGGUGCUGGGAGUGUUGAUCCACCAUUCGUACCAACUGCACUUCCUCACACCGGUGGCCUGCCAGGAUACGCCAUAGGAGGCCUGGCAGGGGCGGGGAUUGUACUGUUAGUCAUCAUCCUGCUGGUGUCAGUCAUCUGUGUACACAAGAGAUGGGACACUGGUCGUGGUAGAGGGGACCAAAGAAAUGGAAGACACAAUGUCCCCUAUCAGCAAAAUGGCUUCCAACUUGGACAAGAUGUGAGACCCUUACUGAAUACCGGUCAUCCAAAUGUGGCUGAUCAGGACUUCAGUCUCUCUUCCUCCAACAUGUUAAGCACCAGUGGAGGCCGCGGGCAGGAGAUAAUCAUUCAGUGCAGAGAUGCAAACAUCUACCAACGACCUUGUGAUUCAGUGUCCUUGAAAACCCCAUCAGACCCCUCCAUGCAGUUGUCAUCCCUUAAUCCCACCUCAUAUCCAAAUGAGACCUCCAGCAGUGUGGAACCUCGGAGUGAUACCACCCCUAAGCAGCCCCCAUCCUCAGACCUAUUCUCCAAGAAUGACAACCAUGACUCAAGCGACAAACCAGAAAAUACUGACAGCACAGACAUGUUCCCAACUGCCACAAAGGUUCCUUACCAAAGUCAGGACCUAAGCAGCGAUGGCUACCCGAAAACUGGAACCAGCACUGAGGACGGCAACCCACCUUCUUCCUCAGUGUCCUCUGACCCUGACGUCACCAACCCAAAACUAGCAGCAGAUGAUUCUGACGACCUUGAAGGUUCUAGCGAUCCAAGGUCACUCCAUUCUAAUCUACACCUCCCCUCCCUGCCAAGUCUGGAUGUUGAUAUGAUGAUAAGUUUAGACAGUGAAAACUCUUCAACACAAACCAACUCAAACCCCAACCUACAAGACAAUGGUACAUCCAACAGCACAGGUUUUACUAUGGAGAGUAAUAACCUGAACAAACCGGUUAACAAACCAGUACUUGACAAAAGCUCUGCAAUUAAGAACCUGUCAGAGAGCUCGGAAUCCACGGAAGAGUCCAUUGAGUUUGAGGGGAGUAGUGGGAGGGACCUGGAAGCCCCCCCUCCCUUGAAUGAAGAUGUGGACUCUCUAAGGGAAAAGGGAGAUGAGGUUGCUAUCACUAUAGACCUCAUGUUGAAGAAGAUACCACUGAAGACUGACCACCUUCAACUGUCAGUGGCUAAAUUGACAAGUCUCUACAUAAACCUGUCAUACUCUGGUUCCAAAAUUAAUGACUGGAAGAUGUUUGCUGGUAAACUAGAUUUGACGGCCCAGAAUGUGCAGGUGAUUGACAGCUGUAGCUCGCAGCAUAACCUCCAACCUGCCGAAAUUGUCAUCUACCACUGGCAGCGCAUGGCGGACAGACAAGGUAGCGUUCCUUGCAACGAACAGAAACUCCGAGAGCUUCUGACAAAUAUUGGAAGACUUGACUUAAUUGCCAUCUUGGAUGGGGACCAAUAAGAAUCUAAUACAUUCAGUCACUGUCUUUGUAAAUACUAGGGAAAAUGGUGUAAUUUGUGUACACUGUAAUUCCUAAUGUUUUCACAGUACUUUUAUGUUCACUGUUUUCACUGUCACUUCUGUACCGUGAACUUAUUAACAAAUAAUUCCACGGACUUUCUUUUUUCUGCACCUGUCGCCACUGUGAACAUAUAGUUCCGUGAACAUGUCCAUUUUUCUCAGACCGUCAACUUUUGCUACUGUGAACAUAAAGUGAAUAACAGUAAUUGUGUAGACUUCAACACUUUAUACAAUCAUUGAAAAAAAAA